UAAAAUUAUCUACUACUCAUAUUUUGAUCUAAAUAUAAAAAAUGAGAAAGGAAGUGAAGGCUGUUGAUAUGACAGCAAUUCCAGUGACAUUUCAGGACCCACCUCUUCCUCCCCCUUCCAUCUUUUUCCACUGAAGUCCACUGCGGCAGUCACCAGGAACAUCUCAAGUCUUCCAGGAGUGGCUGCUUUCCUGCUGUUUGUGCUGGGCUGCUCAUACAGGUGGCAAUUAAGACGUGCAGUCUGUUUUGGGGCCAGAAGGAGCUUGCAGAAAUCAUCAGGAAUGUGGGACCGGUGGAAAGAAAAGCAUCCUUGGCAUACACGGAGGAAAGCAAUCUCCAGGUCAGGCCUCCAGCACUUGGCUCCUGUGCAUUCCCUCAACAUUGCAAUCUCCAAUGGACCUGUGAAGGAACCAAGGGCAGCCUUAGAGUGGACUGAAAAUGCUGUUAAUGGAGAGCAUCUGUGGUUGGAGACAAACGUUUCUGGGGAUCUCUGUUACCUGGGGGAGGAAAGCUGCCAAGUGAAAUUCUCAAAAUCUGCUCUGCGGAGGAAAUGUGCUGCCUGCAAGAUUGUGGUCCAUAAUGCGUGCAUGGAGCAGUUAGAGAAGAUUAACUUUCGCUGCAAACCAACUUUCCGAGAAGGGAGCUCCAGAUCUCCAAGAGAAAACUUUGUCCGACAUCACUGGGUACACAGACGGAGGCAGGAGGGGAAAUGUAAGCAGUGUGGAAAGGGCUUUCAGCAGAAAUUCUCCUUCCAUAGUAAAGAGAUUGUGGCUAUCAGUUGUUCCUGGUGCAAGCUGGCGUUUCAUAACAAAGUCACCUGCUUCAUGCUACAUCACAUUGAGGAGCCGUGUUCUCUCGGAGCUCACGCAGCUGUCAUUGUGCCUCCCACCUGGAUCAUUAAGGUGAAGAAACCUCAGGGGGUCUCCAUACCAGGAGACGAGACUGAUUGGGCAGGAGACUGGAGCCCCGAAGGGGAAACGGGCGUCUCCUACCCCUAUUGGGAGGGUUGGCAGAACUCAUUAAAGACUUCAACACGGCGAAAGAAGAGGACGUCUUUUAAAAGAAAAGCCAGCAAAAGAGGCAAUGAUGAUAACAAAGGUCGACCAUUUGUGAUAAAGCCUAUUUCCUCUCCACUCAUGAAACCACUGUUGGUUUUUGUAAAUCCAAAAAGUGGAGGGAACCAGGGCACCAAGGUUCUCCAAAUGUUUAUGUGGUAUUUGAAUCCACGCCAGGUCUUUGAUCUCUCUCAGGAAGGGCCAAAAGAUGCGCUGGAGCUGUACAGAAAAGUGCCAAACCUGCGGAUCCUGGCCUGUGGUGGGGAUGGAACGGUUGGCUGGAUCCUCUCUAUCCUAGAUGAGCUGCAACUCACUCCCCAGCCUCCUGUGGCUGUCCUUCCACUUGGCACUGGGAAUGACCUUGCCCGCACCCUCAACUGGGGUGGGGGUUACACAGAUGAGCCUGUGUCCAAGAUCUUGUGUCAUGUAGAAGAUGGGACCAUUGUCCAGCUGGAUCGAUGGAAUCUCCAGGUUGAGCGCAACCCAGAUUUGCCACAGGAUGAGCUGGAAGAUGGGUCACGUAAGCUUCCGCUCAAUGUCUUCAAUAAUUACUUCAGCCUUGGGUUUGAUGCACAUGUUACACUGGAGUUCCACGAAUCCAGAGAAGCAAAUCCAGAGAAAUUCAACAGCCGAUUUAGAAAUAAAAUGUUUUAUGCAGGGGCAGCCUUUUCAGACUUCUUGCAAAGAAGCUCAAGAGAUUUAUCCAAGCACGUUAAAGUUGUGUGUGAUGGUACAGACCUGACUCCAAAGAUCCAGGAGCUGAAGUUCCAGUGUAUAGUGUUUUUAAACAUUCCCAGGUAUUGUGCUGGCACAAUGCCCUGGGGAAACCCUGGAGAUCACAGAGACUUUGAACCUCAGCGCCAUGAUGAUGGCUACAUUGAAGUCAUUGGGUUUACCAUGGCCUCACUGGCUGCUCUCCAAGUGGGUGGUCAUGGAGAGAGGCUGCACCAGUGCCGUGAGGUGACGCUUUUAACGUACAAGUCUAUCCCCAUGCAAGUGGAUGGUGAACCUUGUCGGUUGGCUCCCUCACUCAUUCGGAUCUCCUUAAGGAACCAAGCCAACAUGGUGCAGAAGAGCAAGAGGAGAACAUCCAUGCCUUUGUUGAAUGAUCCUCAUUCCAUCCCUGAUCGCCUGCGGAUCAGAGUGAACCGGAUUAAUUUGCAAGAAUAUGAAGGGCUACAUUAUGACAAGGAAAAACUCCGUGAAGCUUCCAUUCCCUUAGGAAUUAUAGUUGUUCGAGGAGAUUGUGACUUGGAGACCUGUCGUAUGUAUAUUGACCGUCUACAAGAGGACCUACAGUCAGCAACUUCUACUACACAGAGAGUUCAUUACCAGGACCAAGAAAGCUCUUUCCCAAGAGUACUUUCUGUUCAGAGGCUCUCUCCUAGAUGGUGCUUCCUAGAUGCAACUUCUGCUGAUCGUUUUUACCGCAUUGACAGAUCUCAGGAACAUUUGCACUUUGUGACGGAAAUUUCGCAGGACGAGAUUUUUAUUCUGGAUCCAGAGCUGGUAAUGUCACAGCAGGGGGGGACGCCACCUGGAAUGCCUGAUCUGGUAGUGGAGCAGGCCUCUGGAAUAUCAGAUCGGUGGAACCCUGCUGUUAGAAAGAGGAUGCUGAGCGACAGUGGCCUUGGCAAGAUUUCCCCGCACUACGAGGUACCUGACAAACAAAAGGACGCCAGCCAGGCCUAUAUGCUGCAGUCACCAGUUUCUUCAGAAGAUCAAGCACUUUUACAGGCAGUCAUAGCUGGUGAUCUGCUGAAGUUCAUAGAAUGCUGUAAAAAAGGAGCCAAUUUGCUAAUCCAAGGACCUGACCAUGGCUCCUUGUUGCAUCACGCUGCCAAGAGUGGGCAUGGCGAGAUUGUGAAGUAUAUCCUGGAACACGGUCCUUCUGAAUUACUGGACAUGACAGACAGUGAAACGGGUGAGACAGCAUUACAUAAAGCGGCCUGCCAGCGCCAUCGUGCCAUCUGCCAGCUCCUGGUGGAUGCGGGAGCCUCGCUGAGAAAGACAGACUCCAAGGGUAAGACUCCUCGUGACAGGGCUCAGCAAGCUGGUGAUCCAGAUCUGGCCUCCUAUCUGGAAAGUCGACAGAAUUACCAAAUGGUUCCCCAUGAGGAUUUGGAAACGGCUGUCUGAUAUCUGAAAACAGAGAAGAGGAUCUUCAGAAAUAGCAAGGCUGCACCUGAGCACUUGGGCACUGUGUGAGGAAGAAGCUGAUGGAAUCAACAUGUCUCUCGCUCUCGUGGAAAAUAUCAGAGGACAUGCCACCAGUUUCUAAGGGCUACAGAGUCUUGCCACGGAACAGUUAGGUUCCAUAAGUUAGCCCAUGAUGGAUGAGGUGGGACAUUCAAAGGUCUGUGGAAUCCAUGGGCCAUGGAAAUUUACCUUAAUUGCUUCCAGCAAGUAGCAUGAACUUCUCCCAUGUUCAUCUGUACAAUUUAUUAAAAAGAAAAAGAAAAAGAAAGAGAAAGAGAGAAGUGAGUGUUGGGGGAACCAAACUAACUGGGACAUUGAAACAUAUAACCAGGCCCUCCACCAUCCCUACAUUUUCUUGCAUACCCUUAAUUCUCCCAUUCCUCUCACUUGUCAUCUGUUAAAUAGUAUCUGUUAUCUCUGUGUCCUGGUCAUGCAGUAGCAAAAAAUAUUGAGGAGUUCUGGAAUGCCCUUAGGAAGAAAAUGUUUUUACCUGCUCUGUUCCCUCCUUUGCUAUCCCUUUGGAAGCUGCUUCCUUGGUCUUCUGUUACUGGAGAGUUUUUUCACUUUUGGAGAAGAUUCUGCCUAUUGCCUUGUUUUCUAGGGUUUGGGUCAAUUUAUAACAGUAACAAAAACUAACCUCAUUGUUGCUGCAUAUGUGCUUAUGGUAUCCUGAUGAGACAGUCAUUUGAAUAGAAAGGUUAUCCAAUAUAGCCACGUUGUAUGACAGAGCAGAAAGCUGCCCCUAGGGUUUCUUGCACCAACGCUGUACUUACAAUGACCGACUGGUUUCUGUCAGCAUUCGGGCCUGACUAAAAGCUAAUAGCUAUUUUUUUUUUUUCUUUCACUUCUGGAAAGAUGGGUUUUAUGACAAGGAAAGGAAACCUUGGAGGUCAUCAGUCAGCCAUGAAUAAAUGAACAAGCACGGCAUAUAUUGGGAACAGGAAAAUUUCUUCUGGCUGAACCUGUAAACUACCUGAUUCCCCACGGGGAAUGGAAGAAAGUUUUAAAGAGAGGCUCUCCCCAAGAAAAAGGACAAGCAUCAGCUCUUUACUCACUAUAGGCUUGGAAAUUUAAACUUGCUUAGCUGCUGUAAAGGCCUGCCAUGGCUACUGUACUCAUCUGUUCUCUGUCUUACCUCAAAGAUUAUAACUACAAAAGAAGAAAAAUCAGACACACACAGACAUACAGAAAAUUUUCACCUUCAGGUUUUCUAUCAUUAAAGACAAUUCAGCUACCAGAAAUAGCAGAGCUUCCACUUUGCCCAGUUGUUAUGAAGACACUUGUGGCCCACUUUUGGCAUAAUUCUUGCAAUAGAUUUUUGAAUUUUGCUUUGCUAUUUGUUUUGACUGAUCACGUAGUGGUUGGUUUCAAAUGCAUUUCAAGGGAUAGGUCUUCGGUAGAUGUCGAUCGUCAAGAUCUCAUGCAGUUUGGAAACCAUGGAAAAAACUCAGGUCAUUGUUCAGAUAAGUUUUACUUCCUCAGUAGAAGUUGUGGAAAUUAAAUGAAUGAAAAUCCUUUCUUUAUUCUUUUUAAGUUUAUCUUUUCCCUCCUUCCCUCCCUCUCUUUCCUUCCUUCUUUUUCUCCCUCCUUCCUUCCCUCCGUCCCUCUUUCCUUCCCACCUUCCUUCCUUUCCUCCCUCCUUCCUUCCUUUUCCUUCCUUUUUGAGUGAUUCUUGUGGCAGAAAAAGAAAAGCUAUAUAUAUAUAUUAUUUUAUUUUUUCUGUUUUCAAAAGUUUAUUUGAUAUGAGCGAAAUAUUUCUUUAGUAUUUCUUCCUCUGGAAGGAAACUAUAUAUAUUUGUAAUCUAUUGAUCAAUGGCGACAUGAAAUGUAUUUUGUCUUUUUUUUUUCUAUCUUUAUUCUCGUUUGAGAAAUAAAAUAUAAAACCCAAAUUUCUUCCCUUGAUAAUAACGCAGGGGCUUAUGGUGAAGGUGUAUAUAUUGGAAAUGAAUUUGGCAAUGGUUAAAAUAAAUAUAUAAUUAUACAAUUUUGGUGUAUGUGAAACUUCCAUAAGGAAGACCCUCACCCUCACAGUAUGGUUUCAUGGUAGGCAUUGCAUCAUUUUCUAACUGUGAGAAAAGACUAUACUGUAAUAUUUCUAUAUAUUUGACUUAAAAUAUGAACGAUGCUAGCAUCAGUUGUAUCUUUUUGCUGUUUUACUGAUGUGAGAAACAGAGAGAGCUUCAGUGAUACCAGGGACUGGAUUUUGUCCUGUGCUGAGGUCAGACUGAGGCCUGAGCACAGGAUGCUCAGUGAGCACUUUGCAGCUCCCUCAUCCUUAAGUCACAAGAAGGUGGAACAAUACAGGUUUGCUCUGAUCACAGGUAGCCUCCAGAAGCCACAUGUGAAUUAUUAUACAGACUUGGGCCCGAUCCCUGUUCAUCUCCUGUAGUGCUCCCCUUGGUGCACUUGGGUGUCUCUUGUGCCCAGGGGUUGUGCGCUGUUCACAGAAGGGGCUGGUUCUGCAGUAGACAGAUUUCCUGAGCUCCUUUCUGCCAUUUGGACUGCUCAAAGUAGCUGGAGCACACAUGAGAGAGCCUGGCCUGCUUUUUUCCCUAGCAGCAGGAGUGUGAUGCUAUGAUCAGAGCGAGACAGUUGUCUAGAAAACUUACUGCUCUGUGUACGCAGUGUACUGCGGUGGCAGUUACUGUGUGAUGGAAAUAAACCCCAGUGCUGAAAUUAGGACAGGAGCUGGCUGGGUGUAGUGCCUCUUAACAUUCAAGGUGUCCAAACCACUGCACAAGUAAUGCAUUACUGGUGUGGUAUUGUACGUAGAUAACAGAGCAUGUGUAUUAUUUUUUGUGAUGGCUCAUGCACAGCCAGGGAUGUCAGAGCUUGGUUCACUGAAGGAUGAAGUUUUGGGUGAGGAUACAGCAGGAUUGUUUCUUAUUCCUUCCCCCCUGCUGUGAGAUUCCCAAUUUUGGACAGCCACUAGAAUCAGGCAGACCUCAGCCGUUAAUGGUAGCACACACAUAUUGAAUCUCUUGAGUACUUGGGAUCUAGCUUAGUACAAUAUCAUUUGUUCCUGCACUGUGUAGAGCCUGCUGGAAGCCCACUUAGAUUACACAUGAAACAUUCUGAUUUACUAGAAGUGUCUAUUCUGUGGGUGUUUCUAUAUAUGUGUGUAUAUUGCUAUAUAUAUGUAUAUUUAUAAAUAUUAGUAUGCAUAUAUAUAGACUCAUGCACACUUUUAGGACUGUGCCAUUUGAAUAACAAGGUAUCUAGGGAUGCACAGAUGCUGAGGCUGAUGGACUGGCAAAAUGUCAUUUUCCAUUUUAAUUUGUUAUUAAGGGGGACCCUUUUCAGUAGAACUGAAGAGCUCCUGAAUUGUUCCAUUGUACCGGUUUGCUAUCUCAUUCUGGAGUUAAAUGGAGGGAAAUGAAAUAUUUAUAACACUGAUAAAAUAAAGUUACUUUUAUUAUUUAAUAGCAUCAGUUACUUUUAUUGUUUCAUGCUUCAAUGCUAGAGAUAUCAUUCUGUGUUUUCCAAGGCAUGAUGAUGUCAUAUCUUUCUCUCUAAUUAUAGCACCCUUCAGUAUUGUGAGGAGUAAGGCUGAAUGACUCAUGCAAGACAGGAGGAGUGCAAGGCAAAUUUUGCAUUGGCUCACGGAAUUGAACUCUGAUUCCAGUGACUCUUUCACUAUUUCACAUGAAGGCUUCUCUGUGGGUUUACAUUUUCAGAUAUCUGUAGGUGUUUUUAAUGACAACUAUCACUUUACUUUUCACCAGCAGUAUCAACUUGUGCUGUAGCCUGGAUUCUGCUACGUAAGGACUGUCUUCUAGAAGUACCAUAGACAUAAAGAAAAUAGAACAAAAAUUAUAUUCUGUUGCCAUUGAUCUUCCCAAUUGUAUUUGCAGAGCUGAUGCUUUGUGGAUGAAUAGUUGUGUUUUAUUUUUUCUGGUAUGGCAGUGGAAUACUCUUUAAGUAGUAUUUAACAUCUUCUUUUGCUCAUUUUUGCCUUUUUUUUUUUUUUUUUUUUUUUGCUGUGACAGUAGUGUGCCUGUUAAUGAAAAUCACUAGCACACAACCCCAUGGUUGGAAGAUGACUGUUUUCCUUUCAAGCUGUACUAGAUGCCUGCUGUGGGGUGCAAUUAUGUGCUGACCCUUUCAGUUUCUCAAAAACAUGUUGAGAAGAUCUGAUUCUAGGUAAAAGCUAUGAAAUGGGCAAGGUGCAUUGGUAAUCUAAAGUUUGCUGGUGCUUAAUGAUACACAAGAAAUAUGUGAAUAUGCUGGAAGUACGGCUACUUUGAAAACACUCCAAGGACAAUUAUACCCUUACACUUCAUAUAUUCCAGGAAGGAAGCAGUUCCUUAUGCUGAGCCAUCUGAGGUGUGUCAUUUUCUUUCCUCCAUUUUUUGCAUCUUUCGCAUCAGACUAAUAUCCAUGGAGGAGACUUUGCAAGAAUGGUGUUUAAGCUUCUGUGUAAGAACUCUUCUAUUAUACUUAAAUUAACAUUUCUUUCUCCACUGUAUCUGUUUUCCAUUCGUCAAACAUUAUUUUCUCUCUUUAUUUUCCUUUGAAAUCUGAGCCAAAACGACAUUGGUUGUUUGUUUCCUACUUAAUCUAAAGCCUGAAGUGUGAGUAUCUUUAGUUAUUUCAGUGAUCCUCUUAGCAGCUUAUCAUAUAAGUGUGCCUUUCUGGAUACCUGUCUGGCUACAGGGUAUAGUAUUACAGGGUUCUCUGUGGCAGUACUCAUCUUUUCAUUUUGCUUUCUUAGCAACAGAGCAGGCAACUAUUUUCUUAGUAUUGGAUAGCUACAGCUUUAAAAUCCCAGAGCUGCCUGCCAAGAUCAGUUGAUUGCAAUGGAGAUUCAGUAAUGUGCCAAAAGUGACUUGCCAGCAUAUUGAUGAAGACCAGAAUUUUAUGCAGAGGAUGUGUCUCAAGAGUCAGUGCUUUAACUCCCUUUGGAAGGGCAGGUCAUGACUGCACUAUGAAAAUGCUUCAAGAGUAGUUAUAACUCAGCCCUGCUCCCAGAUUCUGGGGCAAACAGAAUACUUAGAGGGGCAAGGAUGGUUCAGUCUUUACUGAGGAGUUACCAGUCCCAAUAGACUGUGGGAGCUUGGCAUAGGCUGCCCCAAAGUAGGCUAAGUACCUGGAUUCUCAUUUCUGUACCCAGCAGUCAAAGGAAGGAUUGUGGGUAAGUGUACUCCAAGCUGUGCAGUGGCACCAUGCUUCUCCUGACUGCCUUACCCAAUGUCCUGUCAGUACCAGAGCUCAGUGGCCUCUCUGGCAAAUUUCCAGCCCUCCUGCCCAUGACUGUACCCACAGAGAGCAGUGUUCUCUUGUCCCCUCUACACGUGCAUUGCAGCAACGGCCCCCACCUUGGCCAAGGGAUUUCCUGGUGUGCUGCUACUGCAAUGGGGGAAAAUUCCUCCCUCAGGCCUUGAUCAUGCAAGUAAAUUCAUUACAUUUGACUUCAGUGAUUAGGCAGGCUUAGAGCUGAAUAACCUUACUGUAUUCAGCCAUCAGAGUGCAUCUUGUCUCCUGCCUUAUUUAUAGGGUGCCACAUUCCAGUCUCAGCUGCAGUUUCUUGUUUCUCAGGUUUUUUUUUUUUUUUUUUUUAUUUUUUAAAGACAAUCUAUCCUAUACAGUGCACGUGUGUUCAGUUAUACUGAGUGGGAAACACAAGCCUCUCAUUUUAAAAACUCCUCAUUCUGAUGUAACACACAACUACUAAGAAAUCUAAGCAGGGGGAUGCUUUGUAACAAAAGCAAUUGUUUCAACAUAAACACGACUAUAAUUCUGGAAAGAAUUCUAUGCUUAGCCCUUUAAAAACAGUCUAGCUUAUGCUUUUGUUUCCCUUUUAUGGAGGAGAUUUUUGGGAUCCUAAACCAGCAGUGAUUCUACUGAAACAUGCAUACAAGAAGGUGAAUAACCAAGAGAACAGAUGAGAGGUUUUCUUCAGUAAUUUGCUUUAUCCUAUUUUUGCCCUCAUCUACUAGAAACAGAAUGCUGAUAAGGGAAUGAUAUUUCAGAGCUCCCCAAUAUGCUUUGACGUGCAAGAAAUACACGCCAUUUGUUUUAGCAGUAUAGUACUACGUAUGUAAUUGCUUCAUCUAAAGCCAGCCUCUUUUUUGCUAGCAAAGUGUAACACCUGGCUCUUCAAUUAGUCCCUGUCUAGGAGUAUGCUUGACGUGUAACCUUCCACUCAGCAAAGUGUGCGUGGUUGCAAUCCGGCGCUCCAUCAUGACAAGUGCUGCAGCAAUUAGCUGAGUACUAAUGCAUGAACCACACAGCAAUUCAUUACUUAGCCUUAACCUUUAUUUUAAUGAGGGAAAUGGCCUUCUGGUUCCAACUGUCUUAAUGACCUUCAAUUAUCACUUUUUUUCCUCAGCAUGUGGCAGAGGGAGAGUGCAGUUCUUGCUCUUACAAGUAUUCAGAAAUACAAGUCUUGUCGAGGAAUGGUUAGGUUUGUAGGCAUGGAGAAGAGACUCAAGAAGCUCUUGAGCUUGAUUCAACAGACAUGAACAAUUUCAACUUGGCUAAUUGGGCUCUAAUGGAUAGUUUCCCUUAUGUAGGACUGUAAAAAAAAAAAAAAAAAAAAAAUCCUACAUGACAUUCACGCAGAAAAUGAAAGGAGGCAAGGUUAGAAAAGUAAAGCUAAGCUGGGUCCCGGGAAUGUGGACUCUACAGAGUGGAUUAUAUAAGCAUUGCUAUUUUCUGAGCAGAGAGCUGCAAUGCUAACCGUUGAAGAUCACUGUAAUGAGUAAUUCAUUUAUCACAAUUAUUAUAUGUAUAUCCACGUUUGGGGAUGCCAGAGGUUUUCCUUCCAAAUUAAUGGUAAGAAAGUCGCAUCAAAAGACAUAAUCACUACAGGCCACAAAGCAAAUUACUGUCUUCCCUCUACUGUCCCCCAGCUUGGCCCUUUUUACAGAACCAGUGCUUUUUUUUUUUUAAGCUCAGAAGGGGGGAACACUUACUGAUGUGUUUGUUCUAAUAGGAGUCGUUUGCAGCUGUGAGUUUUCUCCUGUGGUCUUGUUGUAAUAGUGUCCCCAUCUCCUUGGCACGUGAUAGCAGUAUAUUCACAUCAAUCUGAGAAAAGACGUAAGCUUGCUGGCUGCUAAUGGCAGGAAGGAAAUGGAACAUAAUUUUAUUUAAAUCUGAUUUAAAAUCAUCUUGAAUGCUCUUUGCAUUUCCUUCCUUUUUUUAUUUUUUUUUCGCUGUCAUUUUUUGUCCUUUUCCUUGGAGUCUUUACUUUCUGAUCAGUUUUCUUCCUUAGUUCACGCUGCCUUGAUUUUUGACUGGAAAGGUCAAAAUUAUGUUCAGUGGUUUGGCUCUAGGACACUUCUGCUUGACCAGCAUCACAGAUGGCUGGAUGUCCUCUGACCAUACCCAGCCAUAGGUAGGAAUAUUAAAAUUCUGCUGUACUGGGACAUGGAGCACUAAGGGCACCUCUGGGGGUAACUGUAAUGUCUCAGGAUUAAGCAAAUGGGAAGCAUCAUGAACUUGGGCAUUUUGCAUGUGAGCAGUAGAUCGUAGCCUUCCCAAACUUAGUAUUAAUAUUAAUAGGGAAAAAAAAUAGUCAUCUUUGUUGUUGUUAGUUUUGGUCCUUCUUUUUCUUUUUUUUUUCUUUCUUUUUUUGCUCUACUCUGACAUUCCUCCUCUUCACUGUUUAUUCUGUUAAAUAAUUUUUGCCUGGGCAAAUGUGACCAUGCUGCUCUGUGACAUACUUGCAAGAAGUGGCAGCUGCUUCCAAUUGGCGAGGGAGUGUGCUGUUCUCUGGUGUGAAGUGGCCAGCCCUGCUGCCACAUUGCUUUCUACUCAGAAAAAAUCAUGGGGAGAUGGCAGGGCCUUAUCAGUUUUUUUUUGUUCCAUUUACUUGUCACUCCAGAGUGAUUCUCUUCCAUCUGCCUCCUUUGAUCACACAGCAGCUUUGGGAGAAAAGAAAAUAAGUGGCUGAGCCUUCAAAGCAGUGAGCAGCCCUUGGGAGUUCUGCCUCACUUUGGCUUAGUAGCUGCACCUCACAGAUCUAGGGAAAGGGGGUUGCCUUAUAUGCAGAAAAAACCAUAUAUCACUGUACUGGCAAAAAGUGGGACCUCUUUGGAGGCUACAUAUUCCCAGCAUUCCACUAUGAGCCAGGAAGGGCAUAAAAUACAUAUGAACAUUGACAAACCUUCAAUUUAUGAAGGCUCUUCCGAACUAGGAUCAUCAAGUGUGUUUUUCUUCCUAGUGCUGGGGCAGUUGCAUAUGCUCUGCAUACAUAUGCCCUGCAACCCUACUUGAAAAUUAAUCAAGGGUUAAAAUCCGAAACAGGCUUGAGAGUUGCCAGCUUUGGCCACUGGCCCAUGAGCAUGCAGUGUGUUGGGGAAGGGAACUGGGAGUUUAAUGCCAGCAUUUCACUGUGUAAAGGUCUGCAAGGUGAAGUGUGAGAUAUGAAGGUUGUUGUAUUAUUUCGUGCUGUAAACUGUCUGCCAGUCAUUUUGGAUGCAGCCAGCUUUAUGGAAGCAGGAGACUUCUGAAUGAUUUUGGGAUGUUUAGGUGAUGAUAUAGCUGAGAAUUCACAUUCUGCAUUUCCCAUGCAAACCUUCCGACAGUCCAUGGAGGUUUCAGUGUCCUCUCUGAGUCAGUGAGCAGAACAUUUUGCUGCAAAAUACAAGCCUUCCUCUGUGCCACUGUUACUGCUACUUCGCUUCUUUCUGCAUAGCUUUUACAACAGCUAUGGCUUUGUAGACUCUCAUUGGGAAUAACCAUGAUGCUUUGUGGGGAAAGAUUAUUUUCUUAUGGAUACAAAUACCAAGCUGCAAGUGCGUGCUAAUGAAAAUGCAAUGUACAUAAGGGCUGGAGAUGGUUUAUGAGGCUGUCACUGUUAGCUCAGUGGGGAUUUAUUCUGAGCUAGAACUGACUUUUUUUUUUUUUUUUUGUAACAUAAAGCUUAUGCAGAAGCUGGUCACUAUGUUUAAUGAUAUGCUUCUGUCUUUUGGCAGUUUACAAGUAUAAUGAUGUGUUACAGAAUAGGGAAAACACUUGCUGUGUGUUGUAAUUAAUCAGCAUAUCUCUCUGGAGUUGCUGUGGUUAAAGGGAGAGUGUAAUGAGUCAGAGGGCUGAGGUUUUAUUCCUGCCACUGUCACUGAGUCUUUGUUGGGCAAGACGUUUAAUCUUGUGUGCCUCAGUUUCCUUAUCUGUAAAAUAGGGAUGGUAUCAACCUCCCCAACAAACAGGUAAGGUGCUUUGCUUUGUGUGGCCAAAAAUUUCCAUUAUAUUAACCAAUCACCAGUAUCUCACUGUGCCUCGUAACAUUGCUCCCAUUUUGUAUUGUGCCUCAUUUAAAGCUGUUUGUUGAAGGAAAGUGGGACUAACUCUGUCCCGUGCUUUUUAGCUGAGUUGACUUAAACUGAGAUAGUAAAGAGUGAUGGAAGAUGGCAAGUUUCUAAUGAGUUAGCUCUCACUUUUCAUGCUUGAUUUCCAUGUUUGAACUAUCUUGUCUUACAGUUGUUGGUUUUUUUGUUUGUUUGUUUGCUUGUUUGUUUUUUACCUCAGGUGAAAUUUCUAGUCAAUAAAAGCAUUCCAGUGGUUGCCCUUCUUCCUGAGAAUAAUAUUUUGUUGAAUUUUAAAGUGGUUAUAUAUCAUCAUACUGGAUUCACUGAGCACAGUGUGUUCCAUUUGGAAGGGCCUGUCUCAGAAAAUACCCCUCACUGUUGCUCCUUUCUACUAUGGGAGUGUCUUUUCCAACAGCCCAAAAUUCACCACUGGGGUCAGUUGAUGCAAAAUAUUUCUGGAGAAGGAGCCAAACAUCUGAGGGAGAAGACUCUUUGGUCUUCAUGCUCGCAUCUGUUCUGGCCAUGAAGCACAUGAGAGAUUAAAACUGAUGAACAAGGACAAGAGUUAAUGAUAAGCUAGAGAUCUGAGGGUGCCUCCUGCAAAUAGGAACAAGGCCAAGAUAGUGGUUUAUCAAAGGAGCUGUGAUCAGGUGGCAUGCUGAUGAACAGAUUGAUGAUGGAAAGGCUGUUUCCAUCAGGCUGUAGAGUGGAUACACUCAAUUGUUGUUUCCUGGAGGUGAUAGUGGAAGGAUAAAGGACGAAUUCCAGUCUCCUGAAUUCACUCCAGAUGAAAUAAGGUGUGACAGAGAGCAGAAUCUGGACUGUUCCAUAGUGUGUUUAGAUCCCUGAAUAGAGCAAUAAAGCCAAAUAAUAAAUGCACAUAUUCAGCCAAUGUUUCAAGAGGAUCCAGAGUUCCAGUAUUUGUACAUAUCCUAUUAUCUGAACACACAUCUGUUCCAGGAGUUGUAAUAACAUCACAAAGGGCUCUUUUAUGCUGUCUGACCCCAUGCAUAAUGCCCUGAAGCUGAGCAUCAUGAGGCUGCCAGCUGGCAAAGGGAAUCUGAGGCAUGCAGCAGCACCCAUGAAAUGCAGCUAUAUUUAACAGAAUAUCAGGGUCCAGAUAAUAAACAGUGGUGGGGGACAGGGAAAAGGGGAAGUAUUUUUUUGUAACAAAGUAAGAAAGCAUCUUCUUCCCUGAUUUUCAUGCAUUUCCUAUUUAUAUAAAGUAUCUUGAUCACUGCUGCUGCUAAACAAGGAGAUUUUAAACUGGGAGAAAGAGCAAAUCUGUACACAAUGAAAGAACUGGUUGCUGUUCCUUUUGGACACUUUUUCUGUAUUGUAACUUGUGUGGAAAUGUACAGAAUAAAAGUGAAG